CCCAUGUUACAACUUCCCCUCCCUUCCCCUUUACCUGUCCCUACCUUCUCCGCAAUUAUAAAACCCCUCGCCCCUCCCUUCCCUUUUCCUUCAAUCCCCUCUCAUCUUCACAAAUCUUCCCUUUCCUUCCCCUCCCAAUACAGCUGCUUUGUGCCAUUACUGCAAACACUUUCUAAAUUCCCCCUUUACACACACAACUAAUAAUUAAAAAUGUGCAGCUCCAAGGCCAAGGUAACCGUAGGCAUAGAAGCCACCAACAUCAACACCGCCGCAACCAUGGCCAGAAUCAACGGCAGGCCGGUUCUUCAACCAACAUGCAACCGCGUUCCAAGCCUCGUCGAGAGGCGGAACUCCAUCAAGAAAGUGUUGUCUCCGCCGCUUCUUCCAGGAAAAGUAGGCUCGUUGACGACGCCGCCGGUUUCUCCGAAAUCAAAGUCACCAAGGCCACCGGCGGUGAAGAGAUCGUCCGGAGGCAGUGACGGCAACAACGGCCUCAACUCGAGCUCCGAGAAGAUUGUGAUCCCGAGAAGCUCGGUUACAAAGGCUCCGAGCUUGGAGAGGAAGAAGUCGAAGAGCUUCAAGGAAGGAUCUUGUGUUGUUGAGGCGUCGCUGAGUUACUCUUCGUCGUUGAUAACUGACUCGCCGGGGAGCAUUGCGGCGGUUAGGAGGGAGCAGAUGGCGCUUCAGCAGGCUCAGAGGAAGAUGAGGAUCGCUCAUUACGGAAGAUCAAAGUCUGCAAAGUUUGAAAGAGUUGUUGUUCCUCUUCCUGAUCCCUCUUCAACCACUCUUCCUUCUAAAAUUAUUGACGAGGAGAAGAGGUGCAGCUUUAUCACACCAAAUUCAGAUCCAAUCUAUAUUGCCUAUCAUGAUGAAGAGUGGGGAGUUCCAGUUCAUGAUGACAAGAUGCUGUUUGAACUUCUAGUUUUAAGCGGUGCUCAAGUUGGAUCUGAUUGGACCUCAACCUUGAAGAAACGUCAAGAUUUCAGGGCUGCAUUUUCAGAAUUUGAUGCAGAAAUCGUGGCAAACUUGACUGAUAAGCAAAUGAUGUCUAUAAGUUCGGAAUAUGGCAUUGAUAUCAGCAAAGUUCGAGGAGUUGUUGAUAAUGCUAACCGAAUUUUAGAGGUCAAAAAAGACUUUGGAUCAUUUGAGAAAUACAUAUGGGGGUUUGUGAAUAACAAACCAAUCAGCACCCAAUACAAAUUUGGACACAAGAUCCCAGUAAAGACCUCAAAAUCAGAGAGCAUAAGCAAAGACAUGGUUAGGAGAGGGUUCAGGUUCGUUGGUCCAACAGUGGUUCACUCAUUCAUGCAGGCAUCUGGUCUAACUAAUGACCACUUAAUCACAUGCCAUAGGCACUUGCAAUGCACCUUGCUUGCAGCAGCAAGGCCUUACUGUGGUACUCCAUAGAAUAGAAUGCCUCAAUUUGCUACAACAAAAUAAGAGAUUGAUUUAUUGACCAAGAAGAUGAGAAAGUACAUGCUGAAUUGGAGCAUAUGUAAUUGUGCUAACUAUAGUUUGUAUUCUGAGUUAUUAAUUGUUUGUGUAUAAUAUUAGGAUUAGGAUUGAAGAAAAAAAAAAAGGUUUUCUGAUUUGUGAGUGUUUGUGAUUGUGACAAGAAGUUUUUAAUAGUUUGGGUGUACUUUUUUUUUUUUG